UUGUGCUUCGCGACGGUUGGUGAUCUUAAAAAGUGCUCUGAACACGAAUAGUGCCCGCAGUUUCUCGGUUUUGGUGUUACUUUUUUUUGGCUCUGCAUCUGUAUCUGUAUCUCGAUCGGCUCCAACCCGCUGCAUCCGUGAUUCUCUCCCCAACUUUUCGAGCGCGUGUGUAUGUGUGUGUGUGUGCCAGAGAGUGCUAAGCUUUUUGCUCACACGUCUAACGGUUGGCUAAGUGUGCGUGUUGGUGCCUUAACUUGAACUAUGGGUCGCAUGUUCGUGUGCGUCUAAUAAAUAUAUAUUUAAAAAUAAGUAUUUCGACAUUCCGUCGUGGAAAUUAUGUGACACACCAGUCCAGAUCCAAACAACGACCACGUCCCAUACAUUCACGCAAUAUUAUUAAAAAGCCAUCCGAGUGCCAAAAGCAACGAAGCGAGCAAUAAUUGUGAUUAAUAACAACGAAACAAACGAAUACCGACCGCAAAUUAGCCCCAUAAGGCCACCCAAAUAGCUAAAGUCCAGCCAGGUGCAUUAUUCACAGCUCCCAAACGGUGAUUACCUCAUCUGUGUCAGCGCUCCGCCAGCAAAAUGGUAUCAAAAAGCAAUAAAAAGAAACAAGUGUCUCAGCAGCAGGCGUCGACGUCGCAGUCGCAGCCGCAGCAAUCUCAACCGCCAGCAACAUCGACCACAACAUCAACAUCGUCGGCCGAGGCCACGAAGCUUACCAAAAAACUGGGUCCCGAUGCGUUCGCCACUCUGACCACCAACAACAGCUCCAGUUCCGUGCAGCAUGAAUCGGUGACAUAUAGUGAUCCUGUGGGGGCUAGCACUUCGGUUGCUUCCUUGCCGGCGGCUGGUGUAAGAAGCUACAGCAGCCGGAGUCAGAGCAAGAGCCAAGCAUCCGAAUCGCAUUCCACCUACACCGAGCAAUCUCAAUCCCAGCUGCAGUCCGAGCAGUAUAGCAGCAAGAUCUCCCGGGAUUAUGCCAACCAGAAGAUCAUCUCAUCGAUUGAUCUGCUCGAAAGUGAAAAGAAAGAGCCAGUAUUCUCGGUACCCAUCGAAGUGGUGGAGAUCACAACACCCACGCUAUCCGUCUCCGCCAGCGGGGGCAGUGUCUCGAAAAUGUUCACGUCCUCGUCAAUGUCUUCCAGCCAACAGCAGCAGCAGGCCAGUAGCUCCAGCUCAUACUUCCAAGCCACAACCAGUUCCAGCCGGAGCGCCAACGAAACGCUGAUUUCGAGCGAGAGAGCCGAUACGGCUACCGGUAUGACAUCAUCCGGACCGAGGAAACAGGUUGGCUUCGAUACAGACACCAAGACAGUGACAAACAUUAAUAGUAGUAGCAACAUCAGCAGCAGCACAAACACAAACACUAACACCAACAUAAACAUCACCACCAGCAGCAGCAAUUUGAGCGAAUCUCAGAGCGUGCCAAAGCUGCCGCCAGCGAGCGGAACAGCUGAUGCUCCCGCAUCGGUGACGUUGCAAGGCUACCCCGAACCGGUUGCCGCGUCGUCUGGCGCAACCACAACAAAGACAACGUCAUCGACGCGACACAACGAUAAACUGGAAGUGGCCAGCGCAGACACAGCUGUUGAUAGGGCUACGUCAUCAUCGUCAUUGGUCGACAGAAGGUCCAACAAAGAGGUCAGCGAGAGUUCCGUCCUCAAAAGCUCUAGCAGCAGUAAGCAAUCGAAGACUUCGUCGAAGAAAGAGGUUUACGAUGUGAAAACCAAAACCUGGACGGAGUACAGCGAUGGCAGUUCCCAGGUACCGAGCAAGACCAGACCGACCUUUGAGCGGUAUGUCAGCAAGGAAUCCGAUGGCACCUCCAAAGUAACGUACAAGAAGAAGAUAUACGACAGACGCAACAAUCGGUGGCGCGUGGUGGACGAACGGACGGUGGACAGUACCGCCGACACGGGCUAUCCCGAAAUAGUCGAUGAUGUCAUUAACACAACAAGAACCACAUACACCACCAAAGUGUAUGACACGAAGCUCGGCAAGUGGACUGUGGUGGACGAGAAGUCGUUCACUGAUACGAAAGCUUUCGUGCCCAAUGACAUUGCUCGUGAAAUCGAGAAAGAUAAUACCGAUGUUGCAAACAUAACGACUACAACGGAGGUAACGAAGAUUUUCGAUGCGAGCAUCAACGACUGGCGCGUUCUGGACGAAAAGGUGCACACAGAUGUCAUUGAGAAGAUCGUAGAGGCUCCCAAAAAGACCAUUUACGUGGACGAGUUUGUGGAGAUUGAGAAGAACACCUCGAUUUCGGAAAACAAUGAGAACAUAACCCUGAACUUGAAAGAGACAUCGAAACACAAAAAUAUUACCGAAAAUAUUUAUGAUGAAAUCGAUUAUGUGCGCACUGAUAAACAACGCCUAGACGACUCAAGAACCCGGGGAGUUGUGAAAAAUAAGUCAUCAACACAUAGUGAAAGGUGCAUCUGUGAAAUCUGCACUUGCGGGCGACACCAUUGCUCAAGCAGUACAACGAAAUCUUCAGAAAAAACGAUUAUACAAACCGAUGAUAACGUCGACGAAGCAUAUACAAGGAUACGUACAAAUACAUGGUCGAAAAAAGAUAAAGGAAACAUUCCCAAGCAAAACGAAGACAUUCUAGUGGACUACAUAGUUAUAAAGAAGCCAGAAGAUAAUCUACGACCAGAAGGAGACUUUUUAGUUCCACCAAAAGAGCCAUACAAGCCGGGAGAAAAACGUGAAAAAAUUGUUCAUACCGACAACCUACGCACCGAGGGAGAAAUGACUUUCGUAGAGAAAGAAGAAUAUCAAUAUACUGUCCGUCCUGGAUAUGUAAAGCCCACAGACAAUCUAAAGCCCGAAGGCGAAUUUUACAGCCCAGAAAAGCCUAAGUAUCGUCCGGGGGAUAGACCUUCUCAAGUGCGACACCAAGACAACCUUAAGCCAGAAGGUGAGUUUUACACUCCCGAGAAACCCGGAUAUACACCAGCCGACCGCCCAACGCAAAAAAAACCAGUGGACAACCUAAAGCCGGAGGGAGACUUCACUUCACCAGAAAAGCCAACAUACAGACCUGGUGAGAAACCUGAGAAAAUUAUACGGAGUGACAAUUUGCGGACUGAGGGCGAAAUGACAUUCGUUGAGAGAGAGGAAUAUCAAUAUGUGAUACGACCGGGACAAGUCAAGCCAACGGAUAACUUAAGACCAGAGGGUGAAUUUUACAGUCCUGAAAAACCGAAAUACCGCCCAGGCGAACGACCCUCUCAAGUGCGUCCUGUUGACAAUCUAAAGCCCGAAGGUGAUUUUUAUACUCCUGAACAGCCAGGAUUUCGACCUGCAGAGCGGCCGGUUCAAAAAAAACCAGAAGACAAUCUUAAGCCAGAAGGAGAAUUUGCAAAGCCAGAAAAACAAGUUUACAAACCUGCCGAUAAAACUGAAAGGAUUAUUCGAACAGAUAAUCUUCGCACGGAAGGGGAAAUGACGUUUGUGGAGAGAGAAGAAUAUCAAUAUGUCGUUCGUCCUGAACAAGUCAAACCACUGGAUAAUCUAAAACCAGAAGGCGAAUUCUAUAGCCCAGAGAAACCGAAGUACAAGCCAGGAGAACGACCUUCUCAAGUUAGACCAGAUGAUAAUCUCCGACCAGAGGGGGAAUUCUACACACCGGAGAAGCCAGGAUUCAGGCCUGCUGAGAGACCAGUUCAGAAGAAACCGCUGGACAACUUGAAACCGGAAGGCGAAUUCGUAAAGCCCGAAAAACAACUUUACAGGCCGGCUGAGAAAACUGAAAAGAUCAUUAGAACUGAUAAUCUUCGCACAGAAGGAGAAAUGACUUUUGUCGAGAGGGAAGAAUAUCAGUAUGUCGUACGUCCUGACCAAGUUAAACCACUUGAUAACCUUAAACCUGAAGGAGAAUUCUACAGUCCUGAGAAACCGAAGUACAAGCCAGGAGAACGACCUUCUCAAGUCAGACCAGAUGACAAUCUCCGACCAGAGGGGGAAUUCUACACACCGGAGAAGCCAGGAUUCAGGCCUGCUGAGAGACCAGUCCAAAAGAAGCCGGAGGAUAAUUUGAAACCUGAGGGAGACUUCUACAGUCCGGACAAACCGAAGUACAGGCCAGGAGAACGACCUUCUCAAGUCAGGCCAGAGGACAAUCUCCGGCCGGAAGGAGAAUUUUACACACCGGAGAAGCCAGGAUUCAGGCCUGCUGAGAGACCCGUACAGAAGAAACCGCAGGACAACUUGAAACCGGAAGGCGAAUUCGUAAAGCCCGAAAAACAAGUUUACAGGCCGGCUGAGAAAACUGAAAAGAUCAUUAGAACUGAUAAUCUUCGCACAGAAGGAGAAAUGACUUUUGUCGAGAGGGAAGAAUAUCAGUAUGUCGUACGUCCUGACCAAGUUAAGCCACUUGAUAACCUUAAACCUGAGGGAGAAUUCUACAGUCCUGAGAAACCGAAGUACAAGCCAGGAGAACGACCUUCUCAAGUCAGGCCAGAGGACAAUCUACGGCCGGAAGGAGAAUUCUACACACCGGAGAAGCCAGGAUUCAGGCCUGCUGAGAGACCAGUUCAGAAGAAGCCGGAGGAUAAUCUGAAACCUGAGGGAGACUUCUACAGUCCUGAGAAACCGAAGUACAAGCCAGGAGAACGACCUUCUCAAGUCAGGCCAGAGGACAAUCUCCGGCCGGAAGGAGAAUUCUACACACCGGAGAAGCCAGGAUUCAGACCUGCUGAGAGACCAGUUCAGAAGAAGCCGGAGGAUAAUUUGAAACCUGAGGGAGACUUCUACAGUCCUGAGAAACCGAAGUACAAGCCAGGAGAACGACCUUCUCAAGUCAGGCCAGAGGACAAUCUACGGCCGGAAGGAGAAUUCUACACACCGGAGAAACCAGGAUUCAGGCCUGCUGAGAGACCAGUUCAGAAGAAGCCGGAGGAUAAUCUGAAACCUGAGGGUGACUUCUACAGUCCUGAGAAACCGAUGUACAAGCCAGGAGAACGACCUUCUCAAGUCAGGCCAGAGGACAAUCUCCGGCCAGAAGGAGAAUUCUACGCACCGGAGAAGCCAGGAUUCAGGCUUGCUGAGAGACCAGUUCAGAAGAAGCCGGAGGAUAAUUUGAAACCUGAGGGAGACUUCUACAGUCCUGAGAAACCGAAGUACAAGCCAGGAGAACGACCUUCUCAAGUCAGGCCAGAGGACAAUCUCCGGCCGGAAGGAGAAUUCUACACACCGGAGAAGCCAGGAUUCAGACCUGCUGAGAGACCAGUUCAGAAGAAGCCGGAGGAUAAUUUGAAACCUGAGGGAGACUUCUACAGUCCUGAGAAACCGAAGUACAAGCCAGGAGAACGACCUUCUCAAGUCAGGCCAGAGGACAAUCUCCGGCCAGAAGGAGAAUUCUACGCACCGGAGAAACCAGGAUUCAGACCUGCUGAGAGACCCGUACAGAAGAAACCGCAGGACAACUUGAAACCGGAAGGCGAAUUCGUAAAGCCCGAAAAACAAGUUUACAGGCCGGCUGAGAAAACUGAAAAGAUCAUUAGAACUGAUAAUCUUCGCACAGAAGGAGAAAUGACUUUUGUCGAGAGGGAAGAAUAUCAGUAUGUCGUACGUCCUGACCAAGUUAAGCCACUUGAUAACCUUAAACCUGAGGGAGAAUUCUACAGUCCUGAGAAACCGAAGUACAAGCCAGGAGAACGACCUUCUCAAGUCAGGCCAGAGGACAAUCUACGGCCGGAAGGAGAAUUCUACACACCGGAGAAGCCAGGAUUCAGGCCUGCUGAGAGACCAGUUCAGAAGAAGCCGGAGGAUAAUUUGAAACCUGAGGGAGACUUCUACAGUCCUGAGAAACCGAAGUACAAGCCAGGAGAACGACCUUCUCAAGUCAGGCCAGAGGACAAUCUACGGCCGGAAGGAGAAUUCUACACACCGGAGAAACCAGGAUUCAGGCCUGCUGAGAGACCAGUUCAGAAGAAGCCGGAGGAUAAUCUGAAACCUGAGGGUGACUUCUACAGUCCUGAGAAACCGAAGUACAAGCCAGGAGAACGACCUUCUCAAGUCAGGCCAGAGGACAAUCUCCGGCCAGAAGGAGAAUUCUACGCACCGGAGAAACCAGGAUUCAGACCUGCUGAGAGACCCGUACAGAAGAAACCGCAGGACAACUUGAAACCGGAAGGCGAAUUCGUAAAGCCCGAAAAACAAGUUUACAGGCCGGCUGAGAAAACUGAAAAGAUCAUUAGAACUGAUAAUCUUCGCACAGAAGGAGAAAUGACUUUUGUCGAGAGGGAAGAAUAUCAGUAUGUCGUACGUCCUGACCAAGUUAAGCCACUUGAUAACCUUAAACCUGAGGGAGAAUUCUACAGUCCUGAGAAACCGAAGUACAAGCCAGGAGAACGACCUUCUCAAGUCAGGCCAGAGGACAAUCUCCGGCCGGAAGGAGAAUUCUACACACCGGAGAAGCCAGGAUUCAGACCUGCUGAGAGACCAGUUCAGAAGAAGCCGGAGGAUAAUUUGAAACCUGAGGGAGACUUCUACAGUCCUGAGAAACCGAAGUACAAGCCAGGAGAACGACCUUCUCAAGUCAGGCCAGAGGACAAUCUCCGGCCAGAAGGAGAAUUCUACGCACCGGAGAAACCAGGAUUCAGACCUGCUGAGAGACCCGUACAGAAGAAACCGCAGGACAACUUGAAACCGGAAGGCGAAUUCGUAAAGCCCGAAAAACAAGUUUACAGGCCGGCUGAGAAAACUGAAAAGAUCAUUAGAACUGAUAAUCUUCGCACAGAAGGAGAAAUGACUUUUGUCGAGAGGGAAGAAUAUCAGUACGUCGUACGUCCUGACCAAGUUAAGCCACUUGAUAACCUUAAACCUGAGGGAGAAUUCUACAGUCCUGAGAAACCGAAGUACAAGCCAGGAGAACGACCUUCUCAAGUCAGGCCAGAGGACAAUCUACGGCCGGAAGGAGAAUUCUACACACCGGAGAAGCCAGGAUUCAGGCCUGCUGAGAGACCAGUUCAGAAGAAGCCGGAGGAUAAUUUGAAACCUGAGGGAGACUUCUACAGUCCUGAGAAACCGAAGUACAAGCCAGGAGAACGACCUUCUCAAGUCAGGCCAGAGGACAAUCUCCGGCCGGAAGGAGAAUUCUACACACCGGAGAAGCCAGGAUUCAGACCUGCUGAGAGACCCGUACAGAAGAAACCGAAGGACAACUUGAAACCGGAAGGCGAAUUCGUGAAGCCCGAAAAACAAGUUUACAGGCCGGCUGAGAAAACUGAAAAGAUCAUUAGAACUGAUAAUCUUCGCACAGAAGGAGAAAUGACUUUUGUCGAGAGGGAAGAAUAUCAGUAUGUCGUACGUCCUGACCAAGUUAAGCCACUUGAUAACCUUAAACCUGAGGGAGAAUUCUACAGUCCUGAGAAACCGAAGUACAAGCCAGGAGAACGACCUUCUCAAGUCAGGCCAGAGGACAAUCUCCGGCCAGAAGGAGAAUUCUACGCACCGGAGAAACCAGGAUUCAGGCCUGCUGAGAGACCAGUUCAGAAGAAGCCAGAGGAUAAUCUGAAACCUGAGGGAGACUUCUACAGUCCGGAGAAACCGAAGUACAAGCCAGGAGAACGACCUUCCCAAGUCAGGCCAGAGGACAAUCUACGGCCAGAAGGAGAAUUCUACACACCGGAGAAACCAGGAUUCAGGCCUGCUGAGAGACCAGUUCAGAAGAAGCCGGAGGAUAAUCUGAAACCUGAGGGUGACUUCUACAGUCCGGAGAAACCGAAGUACAAGCCAGGAGAACGACCUUCCCAAGUCAGGCCAGAGGACAAUCUCCGGCCAGAAGGAGAAUUCUACGCACCGGAGAAACCAGGAUUCAGACCUGCUGAGAGACCCGUACAGAAGAAACCGCAGGACAACUUGAAACCGGAAGGCGAAUUCGUAAAGCCCGAAAAACAAGUUUACAGGCCGGCUGAGAAAACUGAAAAGAUCAUUAGAACUGAUAAUCUUCGCACAGAAGGAGAAAUGACUUUUGUCGAGAAGGAAGAAUAUCAGUAUGUCGUCCGUCCUGACCAAGUUAAACCAGUUGAUAACCUUAAACCUGAGGGAGAAUUCUACAGUCCUGAGAAACCGAAGUACAAGCCAGGAGAACGACCUUCUCAAGUCAGGCCAGAGGACAAUCUCCGACCGGAAGGAGAAUUCUACACACCGGAGAAGCCAGGAUUCAGGCCUGCUGAGAGACCAGUUCAGAAGAAGCCAGAGGAUAAUCUGAAACCUGAGGGAGACUUCUACAGUCCUGAGAAACCGAAGUACAAGCCAGGAGAACGACCUUCUCAAGUCAGGCCAGAGGACAAUCUCCGGCCAGAAGGAGAAUUCUACACACCGGAGAAACCAGGAUUCAGGCCUGCUGAGAGACCAGUUCAGAAGAAGCCGGAGGAUAAUUUGAAACCUGAAGGAGACUUCUACAGUCCUGAGAAACCGAAGUACAAGCCAGGAGAACGACCUUCUCAAGUCAGGCCAGAGGACAAUCUACGGCCGGAAGGAGAAUUCUACACACCGGAGAAGCCAGGAUUCAGGCCUGCUGAGAGACCAGUACAGAAGAAGCCGGAGGAUAAUCUGAAACCUGAGGGAGACUUCUACAGUCCUGAGAAACCGAAGUACAAGCCAGGAGAACGACCUUCGCAAGUCAGGCCAGAGGACAAUCUCCGACCGGAAGGAGAAUUCUACACACCGGAGAAGCCAGGAUUCAGGCCUGCUGAGAGACCAGUUCAGAAGAAGCCGGAGGAUAAUUUGAAACCUGAGGGAGACUUCUACAGUCCUGAGAAACCGAAGUACAAGCCAGGAGAACGACCUUCUCAAGUCAGGCCAGAGGACAAUCUCCGACCGGAAGGAGAAUUCUACACACCGGAGAAGCCAGGAUUCAGGCCUGCUGAGAGACCCGUACAGAAGAAACCGCAGGACAACUUGAAACCGGAAGGCGAAUUCGUAAAGCCCGAAAAACAAGUUUACAGGCCGGCUGAGAAAACUGAAAAGAUCAUUAGAACUGAUAAUCUUCGCACAGAAGGAGAAAUGACUUUUGUCGAGAAGGAAGAAUAUCAGUAUGUCGUCCGUCCUGACCAAGUUAAACCACUUGAUAACCUUAAGCCUGAGGGAGAAUUCUACAGUCCUGAGAAACCGAAGUACAAGCCAGGAGAACGACCUUCUCAAGUCAGGCCAGAGGACAAUCUCCGACCGGAAGGAGAAUUCUACACACCGGAGAAGCCAGGAUUCAGGCCUGCUGAGAGACCAGUUCAGAAAAAGCCGGAGGAUAAUCUGAAACCUGAGGGAGACUUCUACAGUCCUGAGAAACCGAAGUACAAGCCAGGAGAACGACCUUCUCAAGUCAGGCCAGAGGACAAUCUCAGACCGGAAGGAGAAUUCUAUACACCGGAGAAGCCAGGAUUCAGGCCUGCUGAGAGACCCGUACAGAAGAAACCGCAGGACAACUUGAAACCGGAAGGCGAAUUCGUAAAGCCCGAAAAACAAGUUUACCGGCCGGCUGAGAAAACUGAAAAGAUCAUUAGAACUGAUAAUCUUCGCACAGAAGGAGAAAUGACUUUUGUCGAGAAGGAAGAAUAUCAGUAUGUCGUCCGUCCUGACCAAGUUAAACCACUUGAUAACCUUAAACCUGAGGGAGAAUUCUACAGUCCUGAGAAACCGAAGUACAAGCCAGGAGAACGACCUUCUCAAGUCAGGCCAGAGGACAAUCUACGGCCAGAAGGAGAAUUCUACACACCGGAGAAACCAGGAUUCAGGCCUGCUGAGAGACCCGUACAGAAGAAACCGCAGGACAACUUGAAACCGGAAGGCGAAUUCGUAAAGCCCGAAAAACAAGUUUACAGGCCGGCUGAGAAAACUGAAAAGAUCAUUAGAACUGAUAAUCUUCGCACAGAAGGAGAAAUGACUUUUGUCGAGAAGGAAGAAUAUCAGUAUGUCGUCCGUCCUGACCAAGUUAAACCACUUGAUAACCUUAAACCUGAGGGAGAAUUCUACAGUCCUGAGAAACCGAAGUACAAGCCAGGAGAACGACCUUCUCAAGUCAGGCCAGAGGACAAUCUCCGACCGGAAGGAGAAUUCUACACACCGGAGAAGCCAGGAUUCAGGCCUGCUGAGAGACCAGUUCAGAAGAAGCCAGAGGAUAAUCUGAAACCUGAGGGAGACUUCUACAGUCCUGAGAAACCGAAGUACAAGCCAGGAGAACGACCUUCUCAAGUCAGGCCAGAGGACAAUCUCCGACCGGAAGGAGAAUUCUACACACCGGAGAAGCCAGGAUUCAGGCCUGCUGAGAGACCAGUUCAGAAGAAGCCAGAGGAUAAUCUGAAACCUGAGGGAGACUUCUACAGUCCUGAGAAACCGAAGUACAAGCCAGGAGAACGACCUUCUCAAGUCAGGCCAGAGGACAAUCUCCGACCGGAAGGAGAAUUUUACACACCGGAGAAGCCAGGAUUCAGGCCUGCUGAGAGACCAGUUCAGAAGAAGCCGGAGGAUAAUUUGAAACCUGAGGGAGACUUCUACAGUCCUGAGAAACCGAAGUACAAGCCAGGAGAACGACCUUCGCAAGUCAGGCCAGAGGACAAUCUCCGACCGGAAGGAGAAUUCUACACACCGGAGAAGCCAGGAUUCAGGCCUGCUGAGAGACCCGUACAGAAGAAGCCACAGGACAACUUGAAACCGGAAGGCGAAUUCGUAAAGCCCGAAAAACAAGUUUACAGGCCGGCUGAGAAAACUGAAAAGAUCAUUAGAACUGAUAAUCUUCGCACAGAAGGAGAAAUGACUUUUGUCGAGAGGGAAGAAUAUCAGUAUGUCGUACGUCCUGACCAAGUUAAACCACUUGAUAACCUUAAGCCUGAGGGAGAAUUCUACAGUCCUGAGAAACCGAAGUACAAGCCAGGAGAACGGCCUUCUCAAGUCAGACCAGAUGACAAUCUCCGACCAGAAGGGGAAUUCUACACACCGGAGAAACCAGGAUUCAGGCCUGCUGAGAGACCAGUUCAGAAGAAGCCAGAGGAUAAUCUGAAACCUGAGGGAGACUUCUACAGUCCUGAGAAACCGAAGUACAAACCAGGAGAACGACCUUCGCAAGUCAGGCCAGAGGACAAUCUCCGACCGGAAGGAGAAUUCUACACACCGGAGAAACCAGGAUUCAGGCCUGCUGAGAGACCAGCUCAGAAGAAGCCGGAGGAUAAUCUGAAACCUGAGGGAGACUUCUACAGUCCUGAGAAACCGAAGUAUAAGCCAGGAGAACGACCUUCUCAAGUCAGGCCAGAAGACAAUCUCCGAGCGGAAGGAGAAUUCUACACACCGGAGAAGCCAGGAUUCAGGCCUGCUGAGAGACCCGUACAGAAGAAGCCACAGGACAACUUGAAACCGGAAGGCGAAUUCGUAAAGCCCGAAAAACAAGUUUACAGGCCGGCUGAGAAAACUGAAAAGAUCAUUAGAACUGAUAAUCUUCGCACAGAAGGAGAAAUGACCUUUGUGGAGAAAAAGGAGUACCAGUAUGUUAUUCGACCCGAACAGGUGAAGCCAACUGACAAUCUGAAGCCCGAAGGCGAAUUCUACAGUCCUGAAAAAUCAAAGUAUCGACCAGCUGAGCGAGUGUCCGUUGUUAGGCAGAAAGAUAACCUAAAAGUGGAAGGAGAGUUUUAUAUUCAAGAAAAAGAAGACUUUAAGCCUGCUGAAAGGCCACAACAAAAGAAACCGCAUGACAAUUUAAGGCCGGAAGGUGAGAUGAUUAUCCCAGAGAAGGUUAAGUAUAAGCCUGCCGAUAAGGUAACUCGGGUGAUUCACAAGGACAACCUUCGAAGUGAAGGAGAAAUGACUUUCACCGAAAAAACAGAGUACCACCACGUAGUUAGACCAACUCCAGUGAAACCAGAAGAUAAUUUGAAAACAACUGGUAAGCUCUACGUACCCGAAAAGCCAACUCUUACAAAUGGUGAACGUCCCGAGCCGGUUAGACCUAAAGAUAACCUUAAACCUGAAGGCGUUAUGUACACACCUAAUAAGCCAAAAUAUGAGCCUGCCUCGCGCCCGGAACAGAAAAAAUAUGCUGAUAAUUUGAAACCAGAGGGUAAGAUGCACAUUCCAGAAAAGGAAGGUUUCAGGCCUGCAGAUAGAGUAAAAACGGUUAUAAGAAAGGACAAUCUAAAAACGGAGGGUGAAAUGACAUUCACCCAGAAAGACGAAUAUCAUCACGUAAAACGGCCAGAGCAAGUGAAGCCAAGCGAUAACCUUAAAGUCGAAGGCGAGUUCUACACACCCAAUAAGACAGUCUUUAGACCCGCUGAACGACCCACCCAAAAGAAACCUAAAGACAACCUUAAGCCCGAGGGCGAGUUCUACAAGAGGACCGACCGAACCGAGACUGAUAGCACAACAGUUACAGAAACCAUUCGAAGGGAAACACCUAAGCGUCCCAUUGACAAUCUGAAGCUCGAAGGAUCUAUGACCGUAACUAGAAGAGAUGAUUAUAAGAAUACGACUAACAAGACCAUUGAUAGAACUCAACGUACUCAAAAAAUCAAUCACAACAGUUCAUCUAUUACUUUGGGAACUGAUACUACAAUCCGCAAGACAACAAAUCAAAUGAACUAUGUAUCUGGCAAGGACGCAGUCAAACAAGUCGAUUCUAAUAGCCAAAACCCAGUUGAUGGUCUUAUUGUUGUAUCCACAACGAAGGUAACUACUGUAGUAGGAGGUCGUCACAAGAAAGAACCCGAAACCGAGUAUGUCAAGAGGCCAGCGAAGAUUAACGUAAUAGAAAAUGUGGCCAAGAAUACAACAACGACAAACAUCGAAAAUACUCAAAAUAUUCACAAAGAAACUACGUCGAUGCAAAGGAAUCACAACUUAGUCCAAAAUGCUAUAUCGACUACUGAAAAUAUCCGAGGUUCGGAUGUAUCCAGUAGUGCUGUUGAAACUAAUCGCAGACAUUUAACCGAUAAUGUCACUGGGGACAGUAACUCCCGAGUGGUCUCUGGUGGAACAGUCUCCAAUACUGUAACUGGUGAUUCAUCCAAUCGCGUGGUCACAAGCAGAAAUGUUACUAGCAACGUAACUGAGGAUUCAACAUCGCGAGUAGUGAUAGGAAGAAACGUCUCCAGCAAUAUUAUUGGAGACUCAACCACACGCAUGGUUUCUGGAAGAACAGUCUCUAAUAACAUUAGUGGUGAUACCACAAGCCGAGUGUUGUCUGGUGGCUCAGUGGGACAUAACAUCAGCGACGAUUCAACAACGCGAGUUGUCUCAGGAGGCAGAAGUUCCACCAAUAACAUUGUGACCGGAAACACAGCCUCCCACAUGACUACUUCCAAGCAUUUCCAUCAUCGAAAGAGCGAAUUCUCCUCAGAGGCCGAUGUCUCCAAUACGGUCUUCCAUCGCAAAAACAUAACCAGCGACUCUAAUACGGCCAAUGGCAGUCUGACUUCUAACGGAAAGAUGCAGCGCAAGAGCAUACUAAAUCUACACGAGCAGCCCUCUAGCUCUACUAUUCAUGGUGGAGAGCGUCAAAGUUACAGCAGCAUCCAUCGCCAGAAUCGGGACUCUGAUGCAAAUACUACUUUUACGACUGAACGUCGAACCUGCAAUGUUCACAAAGAGAACAGGGAGCACAACGUGAAGAACACAUCAUCUAUGUCCCGUAUCAUUUCUGGAGGCUCCACGGGAGCUGACAGAUCGAACAUCGAACGGUCAACGGCGACACGUACCCAAAUUUCGGGAGGUGGCAUCGAUUUUCCCUCACAAUCUCACUCACACUCCGGAAGCCAUACGACCCGUCACCGAGGAAGUCAGCACGUGUCCACCUUAGGCGGUGGCAUCGAUUUCCCUUCCUACAGUGCUCACAGUGGUCAUACCGAACGUGUGGUUACCCGCCGUGGAAAUCAGUCCUCAAUUAGUCUGGGCAACGACAAGUUUACCGGCUCCAGUUUAUACAAAAGCGAAUACAUUACUGCCCCAAAAACGACCUGUGCUGUGCAUAAGAUUAAACAAGGUGCAUUCCAACAUACCAGGAGUACUCAAGAACACAAGUUCUUCAAGACCUCAAACUAACCAAGUCACCGUACGAGUAUAUACAUAUCCUUUGCUUUACUAAUACAGAUAUCCCAUAUUAAUAAUAAGCUAAGCUUCCAUGACAAUAUAUGUUUUAUACAAUAUACAAAUCAAUCCGAAAAUGAAAAUUAACAAUAAAUAUAAAUUUUUGAAACGAAAAAUAUAGAUUUUUUU